GAAGAACUCGCUUUGGAAGACAAUUGUAUAGCUGUUCAAGAUAAAUCAAUACUUGAAUUGAUCCGUUCUCUGAUGGUAUAUAAGCUAUGUUCGUAUCAGAUGCUGAUUGAUCAGGCACCUUAUCUAAUUUCUUUGGCGGAAAAAUUACAUCUUGGAUCUCCUAUGUAUUGGAUGAUCAAAAGAACUUUUUUUGCUCAAUUUUGCGGCGGCGAAACAGCGGAGGAUUGUGAGAGCACAAUGUCUAGUUUGAAAAAACAUGGAAUUGAGUCUAUCCUUAAUUUGCUUAGCGAGACAGAUUUAGAUGACGGAUAUUACGAUUUGGAUAAUGAUGCUAUUCGAGAGAAAUGGGUUGAACAAGCCGACUAUGUUGCGCGUAUGAAGAUCCAUGCAAUUGAAAAUGCUUCCAUUAGACCAAACAAUUUUGUCUCUAUCGGAGUUACUGGCCUCUCAAAUCCGGUUUUCUUGAAGCGAUUUUCCACUUUUUUGAAUUCUCUAUCAGAGACAUUUCAUAAGCACGCUGCUAAAAAUGAUAACAAAUUAAACAGAUCUGAAUUUGAUUCGAUGAUAAGGGAGAUUUUUCAAACUGAUUCGGACAAUAUUUCAAGGAAACUUUUCAAUACAAUAGACUCUGAUAAGGACGGUGUUAUCGAUUGGAUUGAUUUUAUUAGCGUACUUUCGCCAGACAAUAAAGAAUUCAGAAUAUUAUUUUCCGCUACUACUACUACUAACAAUAAUGCGUUAGUGACGAAUGCAGAUUUGGAAGAUUACGAUAAGUUACUGGGUCGACUAAACAAAAUAUGUGAAAGUGCCCAACAGAAAAAAGUCCGACUACUGAUUGGUGCAGAGAAAUUAUAUUUUCGACCAAUUAUUGAUCAUGUAGCACUAACACUUGCUCAUCGAUACAAUAAGUUAAAUAACGGGCACGGGCCUAUUGUAUUCAACACAUAUCAAAUGUAUUUCAAAGAUGCUGGAACACGACUAGCCAUGCAUUAUGAACUUUCCCGUCGUCAUCAAUUUGUAUUUGCGGUUAAACUUGUUCGUGGGGCAUAUUUGGUAAGCGAAUGUAAGCGUGCAGCCAUUGAAAAUUAUCCUGAUCCUAUUCACGAUACUUUGCAAGAUACACAUAAUUCAUACGACCAUGGAGUUGAAUUCUUAAUUAAUGAAAUGCAAAGAAAUGCAGGAAAGCCAUUAGAUAUUACGAAUAGCCCUAUAGUUCUUAUGAUCGCUUCGCAUAAUAAAGAUUCAAUAAUUCGCGCGUGCACAUUAAUGGAUAAUCUUGAAAUACCAUCAAAAUCUG